GCUAUUAGAUUUAAGUUUCUUUGUUUCUCUAAAUCAUAAAAACAAAUGGAUUCGUCAUCAAUUGUAAGUUUCAAUAAUGAUUCUACAUUUCAAUCAACACUAAAAGGCGAUUAUAAUAAUGUUAGUGUUCACGAAUUGGCAUUACACGCAAUGAGAGAUCGAUGUUUACUGCUACAACGGAGAAUCAAUGCUCUAGAAAGUGAUAACAUGCGUUUAAAACUAGACAUUACUAAAGCUAAUGAAAAUACCCCAUACAUCCCUCUACCUGAAGAUGAAAAGUUUCAGCUGCAACAAAAAAUCGCUGAAUUAAAUAAACAGAAAUCCCAGCUCUUACAUCAUGUUUUUAUGGUUUCUUGUGAAAAUAAGAAUCUUUGGAAUAAAAUAUCGGCUAUCAAAGGGCCAGAAAAAGCUACUAAAGAAUAUACUAAGCAACCACUUGCACGGGCUAACACCUAUGUGCACAGUACACCAAAAACAAGUGCAAACUAUCAAGAAAAAUAUUCCGAAUCUAGCUUAGAAGAGAUAUCACUCAAGUUAAUAAAUAGCUACAUCCAAGAGAAGUCACAAUUAGUGGAACAAUAUGAGCAAAUGGCACAACUUCAAGAUGCUGAUGAUGAGAAUUUUCUGAAUGUCGAAUCUAUAGGCUUUGCAUAUAUGGAAGACCCAGCUAUGGACUCCCUAAAGGAGAUUCAUUUACAUACUGAGAAACUGCAAAAUCUUAAAAAAGAACUUGCUCAACAAGAGCAAGACCUAAAAGUUGUGAUAACAAGAAUAGAAACUGUAUUAAAAGAAGGCUACAAAUGUCCAACUUGUAUUGCAAACAAUACUAAAAUUAUUACAUCUGAACACAAGGAAAUUGAAACAAGUGAUAGUUUAGCAAAUUGGGCUACGCCAGUGGAAUCCAGCAACUACAAUAACUUCAGUGACCUGAACACAUCGGCUUAUAAAAAAAAUAUAGAUAAAAAUGACAGUGAAAGUAGAGCAUGUCCUAAUAAAGUAUGUCCAAUGUGUGGACAAAAUUUUCAGGAAGAUGUAGCUUUUACAGAAUUCCAAUCGCAUGUUGAAAAUCAUUUUAUUGGAGAAAGUGAAGCAGAUUCUGUUAUAGACAACUUUGAAAACGUUCCAUAUUCUUUUGAUCCUGUGAUAUAAUAUUCC